UCCACCACCUCAGUUACCUCACUCACCUGAGGCGACAAUCCACGUGGCUGCUCUCUCCCCGCCAUCAUCAUGUCCGACAGAGGAGCCUUCGACACAAAUGUGGUUACCCUCACACGAUUCGUGCUGGAGGAGGGGAGAAAAGCCAAGGGGACUGGAGAACUGACAACACUUCUCAAUUCAAUGUGCACAGCCAUCAAAGCAAUCUCAAGCGCAGUCAGAAAAGCUGGCAUUGCUAAUCUCUAUGGCAUUGCUGGGAGCACCAAUGUGACAGGGGACCAGGUCAAGAAGCUUGACAUCCUCUCCAAUGACUUGGUCAUUAACAUGAUCAAGUCAUCCUUCACCUCCUGUGUGCUGGUCUCAGAGGAAGAUGAAAGGGCCAUCAUUGUGGAGCCAGAGAGCAGGGGUAAAUAUGUUGUCUGUUUCGACCCUCUGGAUGGUUCUUCAAACAUUGACUGUCUCGCAUCAAUUGGAACCAUUUUUGCAAUCUACAGAAAGACAACAGACGAUGAGCCAAAUGAGAAGGAUGCCCUACAGUCUGGCAGGAACAUUGUGGCAGCUGGGUAUGCCCUGUACGGUAGCGCUACCAUGAUGGUGCUGUCUACGGGCCAGGGGGUCAACUGCUUCAUGCUGGACCCUGCAAUUGGUGAGUUCAUUCUCGUAGACAAGGAUGUCAGGAUAAAGAAGAAGGGCAAGAUCUACAGCCUCAAUGAAGGCUACGCCCAGUACUUCGACCCUGCUGUCACAGAGUACCUGAGAAAGAAGAAAUUCCCUGAGGAUGGCAGCGCCCCCUACGGUGGGAGGUAUGUGGGCUCAAUGGUAGCAGAUGUACAUCGGACACUAGUGUAUGGAGGCAUUUUUCUGUACCCAGCCAAUGUCAAGAGCCCUAAGGGCAAGCUGAGGCUGCUGUACGAGUGCAACCCCAUGGCCUACAUCAUGGAGCAAGCCGGUGGGAUGGCCACCACCGGGAACAUGAAUAUUCUGGACAUCCAACCCGAGUCCAUCCACCAGAGGGCGCCAGUGGUGCUGGGCUCCCCUGACGACGUGCAGGAGUACAUCGCCAUCUUCAAGAAGCACGUCCAGUGAGCAGUUUCCCCCACACAGCACGGGCCCCUGACCACAGACCAAGAGCAGGAACGCACAACAAGGAAUUGGGACAGGGACGUCCUCAGAAUUCAGUCAAGCUAACAUGAGUUUCAUUACAUCACAACUGUACCAUGCAAUCAUGUCUGAUUCACAUCGGGAUUCAAUUCUCUGCACUGCAUUCUUCAGAACAUACAACCAAAUUUAACAGAAGGAGCGUUUAUCACUUCUGGGCACUAAAGAUUACACUUAAGAUGUGAAGGUUCAUCUGUUGGUAACUUGUUGGCUUGUAGGAUAUUGUGAAUAAAAACAUGAAAACGUG